AUCAUCAUCAUCAUCAUCAUCAUCCGUGUCCAUCAUGAGCACCGUGAGUGCAAACAGCACGGCAUCCUGGGCUAUGAUCAACACUUCCCUUGGCAGCCAUGCAGACGUGUCCAGUGUCAGCAACACAAGUGGCAUGGAAGCAUACCUUCAAAAAUUAGCUCACUUGGACGAGGGACUUUACAAUGACUUCUAUGGACUUUGGAUAGCGCUCAUGAUCAUAAACUCUCUCAUUUUCCUGGUGGGCAUGGUGCUCAACACGUUGGCUCUUUACGUGUUCUGUUUCCGCACCAAGCAGAAGAGCACCUCGGUGAUCUACACCAUCAAUCUGGCCGUGACAGACCUGCUGGUCAAUCUCUCACUGCCGACACGCAUCUUGCUUUACUACAGUGGAGGAGCUUGCCUCACCUGCUCCUACUUACACAUCUUCAGCUACUUUGUCAACAUGUAUUGCAGCAUCCUUUUCCUCACCUGCAUAUGUGUCGACCGCUACCUCGCCAUUGUGCAGGUUGAAGCAUCUCGCCGGUGGCGCAACUCCGGCGUGGCCAAGUGUGUGUGUAUCUCUGUGUGGCUGUUCGCCAUUGUGGUCACCUACUCCUUCCUGUCCACGGCUUUCCAACAUACCGGCUGCUGCAUCUCCAAGCUCCUCUUCCUCACCCUCACUGAGUUUUUUCUACCCCUUGUCGUCAUCGUUGUGUUCACACUGCGGAUUGUAUGGGCGCUUGCCGAUCAUCGCCUAAUGCAGCAAAGCAGGAAGAGACGCAGGAGGGCCGUCCAGCUACUGACCACAGUCUUAAUCAUCUUCACCGUCUGCUUCACACCGUUCCACGUACGACAGGUGGUGGUGUAUUUCUACCCUGAUAUGCCGCACCACGAGAUCGUCUACCAUUUGACCGUCACACUCAGCAGUCUGAAUAGCUGCAUGGAUCCUGUGGUAUACUGCUUUGUGACUAACAACUUCCAGGCAACUAUGAGGAAUAUUUUCCGGCGUGCAGAGGCAGAGCAAAGCAGCGGUGAUAUCGUCAGCAUGCAGCACAGUUCCAAGGCCUCAGGAGGGGAGGCUGCCACGGCUGUCCCUAGUAAUGUGAUCAUGAUGAGCAUGAUUCCCCCAUCACCACAGAAAAGCACUCAGAGGAUUCACAAAUUGUAACUCACUUGUGGAUUUUGCAGCAUCAACUGUGGGACGGACACCAAUUGGACAUCAAUGAACAGCAUUGAUAUAACAAAUACAAUAAAUCACGGAUUGUUGAAGACUCACUUCUGGGCUGACAGUUUGCAUUGCAGAAGGAAGUAAAGCGGCACAAGGACUUGUAUGGUCACAAAUCAAAUGAUGCCAUUCCCAAAGGAUCUUAAAGGAAGGAUUUAAGAGGGAUGAAAGACAGUAAUUUAAAAAAAAAAGAGGUGGUGACUACACCUUUUUGUAGUUGGAUGAAUGUAUAAAUGUUUUUAUGGCUUGGAUUAUCUCAGAAGAGAAAGACAACGUCAAGGAACGAUGACACCCUUUCUCGGCGGCAACAAUGCUGGGAGAACAAUUGAGUUCACCUUUUAAUGUAUUGUACAGUGUGCAGCACUUUAAUAAACCACCUGUC